CGAAGCAAUUUGCUGGUGUUGAAGGGACACGCAGAAAUUGUCUGCGUCUCCGUACCAACUCUCGCGAUCCGAUCCGAUUACUACUUGUCGAAUCGAUAAGAUCGCAUCUCUCUGGGGCUCGAACCUCUGCUUACGAGGAAGAGAAGAAGAAUCUUUGCUCCGGGAUAACUGCCGCAUCUGAUUUAUACCCGGGGGUAAACGUCUCUUCCCGGAAACGACACGAUCCGACUUGAUCCGUUUCGCAAAGGAGAGGUUUCUACAGAUUCUGUGGACGCCAUGGAUGUGCCUAGCUCUUGGGAUGCUUUACGGAAACAGGCCAGAAAGAUUGAAGCUCAGCUCGAUGAGCAGAUGCAUUCUUAUCGUAGACUUGUCUCCACAAAGGCUUUAACAAAGUUAGAUGGCACAGAGAGUGAUCUUGAAGCUGGGAUUGACUUACUUCUUAGGCAACUACAACAAGUGAACGCUCAGAUGCAAGCAUGGGUGUCUUCAGGUGGAUCUGAAAUGGUCUCACAUACUUUAACUCGACACCAAGAGAUCCUACAGGAUCUGACACAGGAGUUUUAUCGACAUCGCUCCAGUCUUAAAGCAAAACAAGAGCAUGCUUCACUUCUUGAGGACUUUAGAGAAUUUGAUCGGACUAAGUUAGAUUUAGAAGCUGGGGAUGGGUCUGAACAAUCUCUUCUCAAGGAACAUAUGGGAAUCAACCGCAAUACAGCGCAAAUGGAUGGUGUCAUUUCACAAGCUCAGGCCACACUCGGUACACUUGUGUUUCAACGUUCAACUUUUGGAGGCAUCAACUCAAAGCUUAGCAAUGUCACCAGCCGUCUACCCACGGUGAACACUAUUCUGUCAGCGAUAAAGAGAAAAAAGUCGAUGGAUACAAUCAUUCUUUCACUUGUUGCGGCUGUAUGCACAUUUCUCAUAUUCAUUUACUGGAUAACCAAGUAAAAUUUGCCCAUUUCUUUCGUUUCUUCUUUAUGUUGGGCCACGUCUGGUUUUCCCAUGAUGUUAAUUUGUUCUGCAAUUAUUGGUGUUCUAGUAAAGAAUCUAAAUAUCAAAAACAUAAAUAUUGUGUACAGCAAAUUUUCAUCCCUGUCUUUGUAGUUUAGACGAAAGUGUUCAGUUAUUUUGGAGAUGCCA